AGUACGCGAACGGGAGUUUGAUGCUCUCUGCGCGCGACCGGACCCGUAGGUGUGCGCCAAUGGACUAACAAAACACACCUUUAGGCCGCGGCACGGCAGGGGGCCCACAGCACCGUAUGGCUGUCUGUCUGUGUGUGUGUCUUGUUCUGCACGUUUGAUGAUUCAUUGAACAAAAACUUGUCCCGCGGCCACAAGACAGCGGUAGCCGCGGCUGGUUGGGCUGGCGGUAACGACGACGUCGUCGUUGUCGUGGUUGUUGUUUGUGAGCGCGAACGCAGUCGAACAUGCGCGCACGCUCGCGCAACAUCGGCGCGGGGUAACACAGUCUUAAGCAUCCCGGCGCUGCGAUCGGUCGCGUUUGUUUUUUGCUCUCUUCCAAUUUCUUCGCGCGAGGUAUAAAGAUCAUGUUGUUGGCGUUGUGUGUUCGUCGGAUGAUGAUGAUGAUGUCCACCGUUGUCGCGAUCGGUGUUGUUUGCGCCCGCCACCUGAAGAGUGUGUGAGCGCGCGCGCGCACGCUUGACGAGCCGGACACAAAGGAGUGUGUUUUGCCGCGGAUAUACAACACUUGUGGGAGGCGCACACGUUGCGCUUUUGUGUUAUUGUUCUAACGUACAGUUUGAUUCGAAAAAAAAACACACACACGAAAAAAAAGUUCACGCUCCUGCUGUUGUGCCAGUGCCAGUGAGUGGGUUUGUGGGAAAGGGAACUUACCCGCGUGUUUGGCCCUGCGACGGGUCUCUGGAUCGUGUGUGGUUUGUGUAUGUGUGUAUGCGAAUGUAAAGUUCUUUGUUUACGGUGUGUUGUGCUUCUUCAAACGGAGGUGGUGCGCGAGCGCGUGCCAACAGACACGUACACACACAACACCGUACACGUUCGCGAUCGUGUGCAGAGUUCAAUUCGAGUUCGUCCGCGCUGCUAUCCUCCUGCUGUUCCUGUUUGCUUCCAAAGGUGCUACCCAAAAACAAAACUUCCGAAAAGACGAGCAAACGUCACGCCACCAAGGUGAGUAGUGGUAUCCUUCUUCACACCAUCUGACUCAUCGAUUUGCAGAGACAGAGAUAGAGAGAGAGAGAGAGAGAGCACACGAAAAAUUCCAUUAGUCAGCUGUAACUCACGCACUCACGCCAGACGCACGCACGCACGAUCUGGGAGUUUCCAAAACAAAAAAUCGAGAUGAGUAAAGCGAAGACCGGCGCCCGGCCGAUCACGCUCCCAACCGUCGCAGUCGGAAACGGCAGACAUACCAGGCGUUACGGCCCAACACUGCCGUGCACCAACAGCGGCAGCGCGCUCGCGGUUGGAUUUGCGAAACUCCGAUCGAUGACGUCGCGCGAUCGUGUUCGUGCGCGUUCGCGGAACUGUGAGUGAGUAAGCGGCGCGCAUUAUAGCAUCAUCUCUCGCGUACGUAACAAAAAGGGCGCUAUGUGUGUGUUUAGUAGUGGUGGUGUUCCCUUCUGCUACUUACCGUCGAUCGGAGUGCGGUGUGAACGGUGGAGCUAGAACCGUUUGCCCUCCCGUGUUUGGCUGGAUCAGCUGUGUUAGAAAGGGCGUUGCGCGAGCUUGUUCUCUCUGCCAGGGCAUGCAAUCUCAAGAGGAAGCAGAGGGCACGGAGGGUGUCCACAACAAACCUGCCGGCGGUGACCCUGCUCCAGCAAAUCCACCGAGUUCGAAUGAGUUCUACUUCCAUCUGCCGGCUCGCUUUCCUGCCUCACACAUGAUGCCGAUCGGGAUCGGUGUACAGGGUGCCGUGUGUAGUGCAGUGGAUAUAAAGACGGGCAGAAGGUUAGCAGUGAAGAAGCUGUCGCAACCAUUCCAGGAUGUUACCUUUGCCAAGCGCGCCUACCGUGAGCUGAAGCUGAUGCGGCUUGUCGAUCAUCCCAAUAUCAUUAAGCUCCUGUACGCGUACACCCCGCAGCAAACGCUCGACACCUUCCGCGAUGUGUACUUCUUCACCGAGCUGAUGGACAGCAGCCUGCAGCACGUGUUCGGUACCAAGCUCGACCACGAGCGCAUAUCCUUCCUCGUGUACCAAAUGCUGUGCGGCAUUCGCUACCUCCACUCGGCCGGCAUCAUCCACCGGGACCUGAAACCCUCCAACAUUGUGGUGCGCAAGAACUGUACGCUCAAGAUACUGGACUUUGGGUUGGCGCGCAGCAUCGACACCAGCUUCACGAUGACGCAGUACGUCGUGACGCGCCACUACCGAGCGCCCGAGAUCAUCCUCAACAUGGAGUACGACACCAAGGUGGACCUAUGGUCGAUCGGCUGCAUCAUGGCGGAGCUGAUCACGGGGGCGGUCCUGUUCCCCGGCACCGACCAUGUCGACCAGUGGAUGCGCAUCGUCGAAACGCUCGGUACGCCGCGGCCAGAGUUUAUCGCACGCACAACGCCCGGCACGCAGCGAUACAUUAGCAAUCAGCCGGUGGUGGCGGGCCGUCCGUUUGGGGAGCUGUUUCCGGACGAGGUGUUUGAGGGGAUGGCUUCGCCGAAUGUGCCCCAGCUGACGAACGAUGCGGCAAGGGACUUUCUGCGCCGCAUGCUCGCGUUUGAUCCGAUGGAAAGGAUUUCGGUGGACGAGGCGCUGGCCCAUCCGUACGUUAGUGUGUGGUACUACGAGGAGGAUGUGAUGCGACCGCCGCCGAAACCGUACGACCAUGCGCUCGAUGCGCGGAACUUGACGGUGGAGCAGUGGAAGCGGUUGCUGUUUGAGGAGAUUCAGGACAUCCAGCGGACGAUGUCGUUGGAUGAGGAAGGGUGAAGGGAAGGGGGGGGGGGGGUUGCACAGUGGGAUGGGAAGCAAUCACACACACAUUGAAGGCCAUUUGCGUUUCCUUUCAAGAGGCUGUUAUUUGUUAGUUUAGUUGCGUAGGGUAAGUAACGCUAGCUUUAAAACCCCUAGAGACUUGUGUAUUGUAAGCAGAAACAGUAGUGGGAACGUUCCUCUCAAUCUCUCCCUAGGCAUUUAUACUUAUUUACGCUAUUAAUGUUAGUGCAAGUUGUAGCGAUACGUUAAUAUUGUUUUUUUUUUUUCUCAGUUUCUACGGUAAACGCGUCUCGAUUGAUUUUUGGUCGCUUUACUAAGAACAUUGUUUAUUAAAUAAAUUUUUGUAGAAUAUUUGUUCUUUAAUAACGGA